AUGCAGGUACUUCGGGGGGCGUAUCGCCACCUGCUUCGGGCGGCGCUCCCGGCUGUGCGGCAUUCGCGCACGGCAGCUCGUAGUGUAAGGCAAUUGCUGCGCGCAGAUGCGGAGCAGGCGAUGCAUGUGCCUGCAGCGGCAUGGCAGCCGUACGCGGAGCGCACGAUGGCGCUCUUCGUCCUGACUUCGUUGAGUCGGCGACCCGUGCAUGGUCCCGAGGCCCGGGGUUCUAGCGUGUGGCGCCCAUCAAGUACGUCACGAGCCGCUACGCUCGCCAGACGCACGCUGUACCACCUCGUUUCUCUUGCGUAUCAUCAUGUGUCGCCACAUACCCUCAUGCAGCCUCGACGCGGUGGUGGAUCGAGUGCAGAUACCAUGCCCAAGGCGCCCUCGGUCCUGCAGGAUAAGGAGGCAGAUGUGCCGGAUAUCGCGCCCGUCUACCCGCAUGUGCUGCGUGUCCCGCCCAAGCCUGUGCGUGGCCCGCUGCAUCACCGCCCGCCGUACUGGGACGGUCAGCGGCCCGAGAAGCACAUGCGGGAUGCCUCUACGACGACGAACGAGCUGCAAGAGCGUCUGACCCAGCUCGGCCAAGAGUGGGAGCACCUCUCACAGUCCCUCGGCGCGGAGCACAAGCACGCUCAGGCUGUGCGGCACAAGUACAUUCACCUACGAGGCACGCUCAAAACGAUGCGGCGCGCCGCGGAGCAGCAGCGCGAGCAAGAUACCCUACGACAGUGCCCGGUAGACAUGCUGCACGAUGUCGUAAGUGCGGCAGCGGACAGCGAGACACUCUGGCUCGGCACGCCGCGGUGGACUCGAUGGCGGCGUGGCGAGUUUUUGCCGCCUUAG